GAGUGGUGGGAGAUGUUCAUUGUGUGAGAGUGCUACGGACCGAUCAUGGGUGACUGGAGCUUUCUGGGUAAUAUUUUAGAGGAAGUUAACGAGCACUCUACGGUGAUCGGCCGGGUGUGGCUCACGGUGCUCUUCAUCUUCCGCAUCCUCAUUCUGGGCACAGCGGCAGAAUUUGUGUGGGGUGAUGAGCAAUCUGACUAUGUCUGCAACACACAGCAGCCUGGAUGUGAGAAUGUGUGCUACGACGAGGCCUUCCCCAUCUCCCAUAUCCGUCUAUGGGUGCUGCAGAUCAUCUUUGUGUCCACACCAUCUCUGGUGUACGUGGGUCAUGCUGUGCACCAUGUCCACAUGGAGGAGAAACGUAAAGAGCGUGAGGAGGCCGAACUCAGCCGGCAACAGGAAUUGAAUGAGGAGCGUCUUCCUCUGGCACCCGACCAGGGAAGUGUCCGCACCACAAAAGAGACCAGUACCAAAGGAAGCAAGAAGUUCCGGCUAGAGGGCACGUUGCUGAGGACCUACAUCUGUCACAUCAUCUUCAAGACACUGUUUGAGGUGGGUUUUGUGGUGGGCCAGUAUUUCCUGUAUGGCUUUCGCAUCCUGCCGCUAUAUAAAUGCAGCCGCUGGCCCUGCCCCAAUACAGUGGACUGCUUUGUGUCACGCCCAACAGAGAAGACUGUCUUCAUCAUCUUCAUGUUGGCGGUGGCCUGUGUCUCACUCUUUCUCAACUUUGUAGAGAUCAGCCACUUGGGCCUGAAGAAAAUUCGCUUUGUCUUUCGGAAACCAGCCCCAGCUCCAGCCACAGCCCAAGGUGAAGGGUCAGCCCCCCUGCCAUCACAAGGAAAAAGUCUGCCCCCCCUGACUGUUCCUUCUCUGCAGAGAGUAAAAGGUUACAGGUUGCUGGAGGAGGAGAAAGCUCCCCCUGUAACUCACCUCUACCCUCUGGCUGAGGUUGGAAUGGAGGCUGGUAGAGGGGCCCCACCCUUCCAGGAGCUGGAGGAGAAAGCAGAGGAGGUUUUGCCCAUGGAGGAUAUCUCUAAGGUGUAUGACGAGACUCUACCCUCCUACGCCCAGACCACUGAGACAGGGGGGGUAACAUUACAUGAGGCUGAGGAGGAGGCAGAUGAGGAGGAGGUGCAGCCACCAGAGCCACCACCAGAGGUGGAAGCAGAGAGGAUGGAAGAGGUUGUGGAUGAGGAUGUGGAGGUUGAGGAAGCUGUGAACGGGGAGGGGGUAAAUCCAGCUGAGGUAGAGAUGGAGGCCACGGAUACGAUAGAAGACAACAGACCUCUCAGCAGACUGAGCAAAGCCAGCAGCAGGGCCAGGUCAGACGAUCUCACCGUAUGA